UCACUUCCUGUUUCUCCUGCCCGGAUCGUGCGAUUGAUUCUGUGCCGCCUGCCCGCUUCGGGCCCUUUCAUGACAGCAGCGGCCAUACCUCGGUUAUUUGUUUGUUUGUUUGUUUAAAAAGAAAGAAAGCAGCGAUUCGCUUGGAAGGGGAGGGGGGAUUUAAGGACACUUUUGUCUGGAGAGGAAUUGGAACUGACUGUGUGCUCAGUUUAGCCUGUUAGCUGUUAGCAACCGUCCCGUACGCAAGAUGCCGGCUUAUCAUUCGAACCUGAUGGACACAAACACCAAACUAGUGGGCAACAUGGCCCUUUUGCCCCUGAAGACGCAGUUUAAGGGACCGGCCCCCAAGGAGACCAAAGACUCGGACAUCAUCGAUGAGGCCAUCUACUACUUCAAAGCCAACGUCUUCUUCAAGAACUACGAGAUCAAGAAUGAAGCCGACAGAACGCUGAUUUAUAUCACACUGUACAUCUCAGAAUGCCUCAAGAAGCUCCAGAAGUGCAGCAACAGAAAUCAGGGUGAGAAGGAGAUGUACACUCUGGGCAUCACCAACUUCCCCAUUCCAGGAGAGCCUGGCUUCCCUCUAAAUGCCAUGUACGCCAAGCCUGUCGACAAGCAGGAGGAGGAAACCAUGAGGGCCUACCUGCAGCAGCUCCGACAAGAGACGGGCCUGAGGCUCUGUGACAAGGUGUUUGACCCGCAGACCGACAAACCAAGCAAGUGGUGGCUUUGCUUUGUGAAGAAACAGUUCAUGAACAAGAGCCUCUCUGCUCCAGGCCAAUAAACAGCACUAUGGGAUUAGUUUUUUUUUCCCUCUAAAUAUCCUUCAAGAUUUUUAUAUACCUUAUGGGUCUCAUGCAACUAAUGUACCAUACCCGGUGGCAGUUUUCAUGAUCAUAUUGAG